ACUACAAAUUAUAUAAAUUGCUGUUAUAGUAAGCUAAAAUAAAUGCGUUUAUUUUAAAAUGUUACGUAAGAUAUUUCACCUGUCUACAUUGUUUCCUUGUAGCAGUCUAAACAAUUCCAUCUAUUAUAACAAUAUUUGCACGUCAAUUUAAAUUUUGUUUGGUGAAAAAGUUUUAAUAUGCUUUUGGCGAAGACUAGUCUAUACGGCUGCAAAGCUGUUGAGUGUGUUCUCUUGGCGUCAAAUCGACUCUUUGAACUAGCUAGCUGAGGGGUGCGUUUGCCGAGUUGACUGUUGGCUGGAUAUUUUACAGAGGACGUCCGAAGUGAGGGACGAUGCUUUUAGCCCGCAGCAGGAGCUCAACUGAAGUGGAAACACGGUCAAUAAUCGCAAACGUUCCCAGUUUAGCCAACAAGCUAGUGACAACAAGAGUCUGAUAUUGUUGUUGUGGCCGCGUGCGUCAUAAUUCGGACGUGUGGGUUUGAAAUCUAAACAAGUCCAGGCCUGAUAACAACAUGAGGCUUUUGAGGUUCCUGAGGAACAGCGUGGCUGUCGGGAAGGACAUAGACUAUUACUCAAAGUUUUCUCCUUCGCCUCUUUCCAUGAAGCAGUUUCUGGAUUUUGGCUCUGAAAAUGCAUGUGAGAAAACAUCCUUCGCCUUCCUCAGACAAGAGCUUCCUGUGAGGCUGGCAAACAUCAUGAAGGAAAUUAAUUUGCUGCCAGACAAUCUUCUGAGAACUCCAUCAGUCCGCUUGGUCCAAAGCUGGUAUAUGCAAAGUUUCCAGGACAUCCUUAAAUUCAAGGACAAAAAUGCAGACAAUGAAAAAGUUACACAUGAUUUCACAGAUGCCGUCAUCAAAAUCAGGAACCGCCACAACGAUGUGAUUCCCACCAUGGCUCAAGGCGUCGUGGAGUACAAGGAAAUGUACGGCACCGACCCGGUCGUCAGCCAGAACGUUCAGUAUUUUCUGGACCGUUUUUACAUGAGUAGAAUAUCCAUCAGGAUGCUGCUCAACCAGCACACUCUCCUGUUUGGAGGGAAUGUGAAAGUGAAUCCUGCACAUCCCAAACAGAUCGGCAGUAUUGAUCCACACUGUCACGUCACUGAAGUUAUCAAAGAUGCUUACGAAAACGCAAGGAACCUUUGUGACCGCUUUUACAUGAACUCUCCGGACCUGAUACUGGAGGAAUUCAAUGCCAAAGAACCAGGAAGUCCUGUAACUGUAGUCUACGUUCCGUCUCACCUGUAUCACAUGGUAUUUGAACUUUUUAAGAACGCAAUGCGAGCUACGAUGGAGUUGUGCGGCGAUACGAUGGAGUGUCCUCCCAUCCAGGCCCAGGUGGCUCUUGGAUCUGAAGACCUCACAGUGAAGGUGAGCGAUCGCGGGGGCGGGGUUCCCAUGCGUAAAAUCGACCGGCUCUUCACUUACACGUACUCCACCGCUCCACGGCCCAGCGUCGACGGCUCCCGCGGCGCUCCUCUGGCUGGUUACGGCUACGGCCUGCCCAUCUCUCGCCUGUACGCACGGUACUUUCAGGGGGACCUGAAGCUCUACUCUCUGGAGGGUUACGGGACGGAUGCGGUCAUCUACAUUCGGGCGCUGUCCACAGAGUCCAUCGAGCGGCUCCCCGUGUACAACAAGUCCGCCUGGAAGCACUACAAGACCAUCCACGAGGCGGACGACUGGUGCGUCCCCAGCAAAGAGCCCAAGGACAUGACCACGUUUCGCAGUUUUUGAAGCAGAAAUGUAGCAGAAUCCCUUCUGAGGGAUAUUUUUAUACAGAGGGUAUUUUCCAAACAAAAGCCAGUCUUAUCUCUGAGGGUCAAAUAGCUUAGAAAAAUGACAUGAAUGCACUGAGCUGUUGGAAGCUUUAGAGCCGCUGUUUUUAGUCUAACUGCACAGUUUGAGUGUUUCCUCUGUUGUGUGUGCAGCGUCCUGCUUAUGAACAAGUGUUAGUGUGUUAAAUAUUUGUCUGCUGCUUCUUGGGUUUGGGUAUUUAAGGGGAAAAAGGUUAAAUCUUCUGUCUUUAGUUGACAGGAUAUGAGGUAGAGAGGAUGCUGCACACUGUUGCACAAAACUCUAGAUUUCUAAAUCCGUUAAAUAACUUUUUUCCAAGUUGUUUGUAAGUGAGCUUAAGCACCUUCCAGUUAACUUCAGCUAAAUAUUACCUGUAUUUGGUAGGUCGUGGUUAACCAAUGCUGUUACAAUAUUAUAUGUUUACUAUUUCCAUUCAGCACAAUGGAAAUUAAGUGUUUAUUGUAAAUAUUUUAAGAUGCUUUGGAGAAGUCAUGAAACAGCAGAGGUCAUGAUGAAGAUGUGUGGUCUUGUUUGAGACAGUUUGGUUUGCAUUUUCUGUGCUGAUCGUGAAGGGAAUUUGUGUGUGUGUGAUCAUCACUGCUGGGAAUAAAUGCUUGAAAUAUUCA